AUGGCAGAAGAAAAGACUACAGACACAAUGCGAGAUCUUCGAGACUGGCUGGUAAAUAAAUGUCGUCUGCCUGGGUUUGGUGGUGACCACGAUAGAAACACAAAUGGAGGGAAAAGUGGUCGUGGUGGAGCAGCUGCUCAAUCUCAACCCUUCACUGCUAACUUAGUGACUCCUCAAACCAUACCACAGUUUGUGAUACCUGGCUCCAGUGAAUCUUCUAGGCAGCCAAGCAUUGGUUCCAACGAAGACCUCAUGAGCCACUCCAGCGGGGAACCCAGUGUUGCUUCUUGGUCAGUUUCCACUAGCCCCGCUGUUAGUCCAAGAUCAUCAUUUUCAGGUCUCGCAGCGCCGGACAUAACUAAUACACGUAUUCGAUCUGCACCUGUUUCCCCAAGACGGGAUUCCCAUGGUUUUCUGAAGGAUUUUGGAAUCAGUUCUGUGUCGAAUUUGCCACAUGUCCAAUCUGAUCAAGCCACGGUUGUGAAAAAUGGAAACACGUCUGUACCUAUGUGGAAAAUAUCUACUUGUUCUAGUCAUGGAGCUGCAGAACAUAAGCUGUCUGAGAGGAAAGGAUCGCUGACCAUCCCAGGGUCUGAAUCUCGCCAUAGAACAAGGCGGAUCCACAGAUCUUUUCAAGAUUUCUCCCAACACUUAGACGAGCGGAACGUGCAGACAGAUCUCCUCCAUGUCAAUCACUUUAAUACUGAGUACCGCGGAGUCUACACAGGCUUAACAGAUAAAAACGAAUACCUGCCUUUGAAAGAAUCCUUCACACGAUCCAAGCGGUACUACAGACGGCGCUCUUCUCUGGUUACAUCAGAUGUCAUGCGUCUGUUGUACCGAAAUGAGAAUACAGUUGAGAACGAGCUCUCCUCUGAUGGCAGCCCGCAACUCCCGAGAUCAAGAAAGCAGCUGACGCCAAUUGACCCACUUCAGGACAAGAGACACUCUUCUCCAGAGGUGACAAUUUGUGAGUCAAAAAUACUUGAGCAGGAAAUGAGUCGAUCCAUGGAGAAAUCCAAGUCAAGCUCUCUUGGUAACAUAUCAACGCACGAAAUACCGGAGGUUCCCCCAGUUACAAAAACAGAAACAGAACGGGGAGACAUUAAGUUUUCAUUCCAGUACUUUCCAGCCACAAAACGACUUAAAGUCAUCAUAAUACGAGCAGAGGGACUUCGGUUUCCGGAAAAGCCUGACUUGGUUCUUAACCCGUUUUUUAAACUAUGCCUUAUGCCAGGAAAACUACAAAAACAGAAUUCAGAACCUGCAAAGCAGACAUGCGCUCCAGUUCUCAACAAAGAGUUCUUCUUCAAUGAUUUUAACAUUGAUGAAAUGAAAACUUUACGAUUGAGGAUAAUGGCUUUCCAUAAGGCUCACCAUCUGAAGUUGCCCGAGUACCUGGGAGAGGUUAAUGUACCUUUGUCUAACUACGAUUUGCUCAUGGAAAACAGAAUGUGGAAUGAUUUGCACUUUAAACCUUACAAAAAGGGUCACCUGCAGAUUGAGCUGCUCUUGGACACUCGACAGUCAAGACUUCUGGUUGGUGUCAGCCAGGCUCGAGGAUUACCCAGUCAGCACCUCACCGGAGCACCUG